AAAAAAAGCAUCUUGGUUCUUGAUUCUCGGCAUCUCUCAUCAGAUCCCACCACCCACUUGCUUCAUCCAACGGCUCUCCUUCCAUCUCAACUUCCCUUAUGUACUCAUUUUCUCUCCUCCCCUUUAACGCUCACACAAACUCAACAACCACCUUAACCAUCCACUACCUCCAAACAAACAUGAACGUCUUGCAUUCUCCUCUUGAAGCUUCGGCUUUUGAUUAUAUCAGCUUUGGGAUCUUUACCGAUAAUCUAUGGACGUGGAUCGCUGUUGUUGCGGCGGCUGUCAGCUUCUGGAGAAUCAAAAACGCUGGAUCCUCCCCAUUGUUCUCUGUGAAAUCGGAGACACUUUCUUCAGCUAAUCAUAUUGACAGGCUCCGGGACGUGAAUGAUCCUAAGCCGGUUGUAGAAACAUCGGUAUCUGAGUCGGCUACUCAGCCACUGCCACUGCUAACGGCGUCAUCUGCAAGCUCAGCUCCUUUUGAAUCGAUUUUGGAAGAUGACAGAGUUACCAGAGGGAAGUUUGUAAUGUAUUAUGAAGAUGAAAGAGAAAGUAAUGGCAACGUAGACGACGAGUUAACGGCGAUUGGAGAGUGGAGAUAUGGAAGUGGAAGUGAUGGUGGUUAUGGUGUUGGGUGUGAAGAGUGGUGGGAGAGAGUGUUAAGGAAGAGCAAGGGGGACUUGGGAUGGUACAGGUUUCAGGAUUUGACGGCGAUUAACGGCAACGUCGUUAGGUUAUGGGAUGUAAAGAAUAAGUACUCAUACGGCGGCGUAUGGUAAUAGUAGGUUGUAGCAGAAUUAGAGGCUUCAUUUAAAAUGUAAAUAUAUUAAUAGUUGGAUUGUGAAACAAAAUUAAUUGCUUAAUUUUUGCAAUAUAUAUAUAUAAUUUUAAAUAUUUAUAUUUAA